CCUAAAAUACAUAAAAUAAAAUUUUCCUCCUAGAUGCGAACGUGUUGAAUAAAUUUUCUUUAAUUCCACCCUUUUUGGGUUGCAUGUAUAAAUGAUCCAUAGCUCUUAAUUAAAGUCUAUCUUAUCGUCUUUCAAAUGGGUAUGUUUAAUGUUCAAUAUUUUUACAUUUUAAUCCAAUUCCACUUGAUUUCAAUCACAAUUUGCCAGCCAAAUUUCUUAGUUAAUUACUGUUCAGACACCUACGGUAACUAUACAAACACAAGCACAUACCAAGCCAAUCUCAACACUUUGUUCUCAUCGAUAUCAUCCUACACCCAAACACAAGCCAAUACCAGUCGUCAACCAAUCAACUCCCGCUUCUAUAACUUCCCAGUUGGCGAGGGGUCCAACCGUGUUUACGGGAGUGCGCUUUGCGGAUGUGAUAUGACGUUCCAAGAUUGUCAUCGAUGCCUCAAUAACUCAAUCAGUAUGCUUCGACGACUUUGCCCAACACAAAGGGAAGCUGGUGGGUGGUACGACGACUGUAUGCUAAAUUAUGCUAAUAACACAAUCGAGGUAGUCACAGACAGGCAACCUGCUUAUUACUUACAAAGCACGGAUGUAGUGACUGCUGAUAAUGUUGUUCAGUUUAAUCAGGGGCUAGGAUCAUUAUUGAGCAGGCUUCAGAAUGAAACCGCUCGACUUAAGUAUGCAACCGGAAAUGAUACGUACGGCGACUUUCAGAGUACUAUUUAUGCACUUGCUCAAUGCUUACCGGAUUUGUCGUAUCGAAACUGCUUCAAUUGUCUUGGGGAUAUUAUAAGUAGUGUGUUUCCUUCUUGCUGCAAUACCAGCGUAGGUGCACGGGUUGUUGGGUCAAGUUGCAGUAUGAGAUACGAGAGUUAUGUGUUUUACAGCAUAACUACUGCAUCAUCAUCACCUCCGCCACCGUUGCCAGCGUCGGCAUCUCCUCCACCUUUGCCAGCACCGUCUCCUCCUCGAUCAGGAAAUGGAAGUAGCACAGCAAAGGUUGCCAUCCCAAUCGUUGUUUCAACGGCUAUAUUAGUUGUUCUCGUAGGUGGAUUCAUUUACUUGCGUAAAAGAAGAAGGACAAAGAAAAAGUUUGAAAACUCAAAUGAACAAGAUGAAAGCCUAAAUUUUGAGAAUCUGCACUAUGGUUUCGAUACCAUUAGAGUGGCAACAGACAACUUCUCAGAAGCUAAUACACUUGGCCGAGGAGGAUUUGGUAUAGUUUACAAGGGAACAUUAUCAGAUGGACAAGAGAUCGCAGUGAAGAGACUCUCAAGGGAUUCGGGACAAGGUGAUGACGAGUUUAAGACAGAAGUUUUGUUAGUUGCUAAUCUUCAACACAGGAAUCUUGUUAGGUUGCUUGGCUUCUGCUUAGAACAAGAUGAAAGACUUCUCAUUUAUGAGUUUGUUCUUAACAGUAGCCUCGAUCACUUCUUGUUCGAUGAAAGCAAGCGAUCAAAUUUGGACUGGGAAACGCGCUACAAAAUUAUAACAGGGAUAGCUCGAGGGCUCCUUUACCUACAUGAAGAUUCUCGACUUCGAAUUAUCCAUCGUGAUCUUAAAGUGAGCAACAUACUUCUAGAUGCUGAAAUGAAUCCCAAGAUUGCUGAUUUUGGCACGGCGAGGUUGUUUGGUGUUGAUCAAACUCAAGGAGAUACUAAAAGAAUUGUCGGUACCUAUGGAUAUAUGGCACCAGAAUAUGUAUAUCAUGGAUUCUUCUCCGUAAAAUCAGAUGUAUACAGCUUUGGUGUGCUAGUUCUGGAAAUCAUCACGGGUCAGAAGAAUUCUAGUAUUCGUAACAAGGAAUACACAGACGACCUAAUAAGCUAUGUAUGGAGAAAUUGGAGAGAGGAUACAGCUUUAUCUGUAAUCGAUCCAACAUUAUCAACAGGGUCAAGAAUUGAGAUAAUAAGAUGCAUACACAUGGGUUUGUUAUGUGUUCAAGGAAACGCGGAGGAUCGACCAACAAUGUCUUCAGCAAUGUUGAUGCUUAGUAGUCAUUCUAUAACACUUCCGGUCCCUUCUCAUCCUGCAUUUGUCAUUGCUAUUGUCGAUAACAACACUAAAGAGAAUACGUCAACAAAUGAGAUUUCCAUUACCGAUCUCUUACCACGAUAAUAUAUACUCCAUCCGUCGCUCUCUUUUUGUUCUUUACGUUUUCCUUUUUGGUGUCCCAAAAUUUUAUGUACAUUUACUUUUAUACUCACUACUAGAAUUUUCGUGGUAUGGGGACGCGUUUUUCAGCUUAUUUGCUAUGCCAAAAAGCGUCGAGAAAACUGGCCUCGACGCCUGCUAUUAUCGUCGAGAAAACCUUAGUCGAGAAUUCUUGACGCGUUAUGGCGUCGAGAGUUGUGACGCCAUCUGCUGUCAAGGUAAAAUACGACGUCGAGAGUCACUACGCCUUCCUGCGUCUUGAGUUUUAGUUAAGUUUCGAUAAUGGUGACGCCGCCAUUCAAUGUCCAGAAAAUGGGAGAUGCGUCGAGAUUCUAGACGCCUUCUAGAGUCGUAAUUUUGUUCUAAGCCGCCGACAAACAUCAAAUUAAACCUGGAUUGAAAAAGUUUAUCGACGCCUUUUUGCUCCUUAUUCUAGACAUCAUUUGUCGUCCACAUUAUUCUCGAGGCUUUUCCGCGACAUCACAAAGAAUUAUAGCGGAAAAUUCAAAUAAGGCAUCCAAAUUUUUUUGUAAGC